AUGAAUGUUACCAUGAACGUUUCGGAGGCCCUAAAUGGGUCUUUAGGCCUGCUCACUUCGGCAAGCCCAGUGGGAGGGGACGACUGGUCGGCCAGUGAUGUGCUGGAUCUCUCCAAUGACAACACCUUAGAAAAUUUCAUAGAGUUUCAGAUCGCUAACGGAAUAGAUUACUAUUUCUCCCCAGUCUGUUCGGCCGUCGGGAUUCUUGGUAACAUGUGGGCGUUCGCCAUUUUACUCACGCCUUCAAUGCGCAAGUCCACCACGUGCCAGUACAUGGCCGCCUUGGCAAUUGCUGAUUCGCUCAUCCUCGUUUACAACGUCCUCUUUUUGAUCCGAAAGUUCCCUGGAUUGGAUUUUUUCAAUCCGUGGACUUGUAAGCUAUUGUUUUUCGCUUUCUACUACACAAUUCAUUUUGACGUAGGAGUUAUGAUGGCAAUGACAAUUGAGAAGUAUCUAGCGGUGAAAUUUCCCCUUCAAGCUGCCUCGUGGAAACCACGGACGAAACUCGUCAUUGGCCUUAUAGCUCUGGCCUGCUUAGUCCUUGAUUUUCACAGCUUGAUCACCCGAGGAAUGGUGGUAGACCCUAACACAGGAGUCGAAGGUUGCCUUCCCACCAACCCCGCAAACAAGUUCUUUCUCUUUCUGGUCUGGCCGUGGAUUGACGCAGUCGUCUAUUGCUUUAUUCCACUCACCACUCUAUUCGUUCUUAACAUUCUCAUCAUCUAUACCGUAAAGAAGUCUCGCAAAAUGCGACAGCAGAUGAUGGAAAAUCCCGAGAACAGCGCGGCGACUAACAGCAGAGCCGACACAACAAAGGGCAGCAAAGAAAACCAGAUCACUCGGAUGUUGCUACUCGUGUCCUUCGCCUUUCUGAUUUUCGUCGGACCCAUGGCCAUCAUAAUCAUCGUGGAACGCCGCUUUGAUCUAUCCUCCACACCACACCAAGCCGCUAUCUACCAUCUAGCCAGAACCAUCAUGAAUAACCUGAUGUACACAAAUCACAGCCUCAACUUCCUCCUCUAUUGCCUGAGUGCAAAACGCUUCAGAGAGAAAUUUAUUUAUUUAUUUGAUUGGGUUGUGGGCAAUAAGACACAAGGUAACAGACUGGAGAAUACAUCUAGAACUGCAAUGAGAGUGUGA